CUCUUCUGAUUGGUCGGCCCUGUCCGGCGUCACAGAUCCAAGAUGGCGCCUACCUUGGUUGCGCAUGUUGUCGCAGAUGCUGGAGCGUUCCUGAAGAAAGCUCCUCUGCAGGAAAUCGGCAGCACAAUCUACACCCUGAAGGACGUGGUGGAUGAGAUCAGAGACAAACCGACUAGGAGGAGUUUAGCCUUCCUCCCGUACCAACUGCACUUCAAAGAGCCGCACCCUGAACACAUCAGACAUGUGACGGAGUUCUCUAAGAAGACCGGAGAUUACCCGAGUCUGUCGGCGACCGACAUCAAAGUCCUCGCUCUGACCUACCAGCUGGAGCUGGAGCACGUCGGGUCCAAACACCUGAAGAAAGAGCCCGAAGUUAAGGUGAACAUCCACAGCACUCAGCGCCACCCGGAGACUCCGGUCAACGUCGCCGGGUUCUUCUUACCCUCCAAAGAAAAGAAGUCUUCAGAGAGCGAUACUGUACGACAGACUCGCACGUUUCCAGACGGAGAUCCCUUCAACAGCUUCCAGUUCUGGAGGCCGACGCUGCCGACCGUGGACCGAGAGCUGCUGCAGCUGCUGGAUCCUCAGGAGGUUUCAGAUCCAAAGAUCAGAGAGAAGCAGACGGACAGACAGACGGAAACAUCUUCAGAAGCCUUCAACGCCUUCCAGUUCUGGAGGCCGCCGCUCGCCUCCAUCGACUCCCUGAUGCACCUGCUGAAUUUGGACGAUGUGUCAGAUCACAGAGGCGACUCGUCUCUGCAGACGGAGGACGAGGACAAAGAGAACGAGCCUGAAGAGGAGGAGGAAAAUGAAGAUGAAGAGGAGGAGGAGGAUGAGGAUGAUGGUGGAGGAUGGAUCACUCCCAGUAACAUCAACCAGGUGAAGUUGGAGUCCUCUGAUUGGACGGCUCCCGCUGAUGUCACAGUCGGGUGUCUGACCACCGACUUCGCCAUGCAGAACGUUCUGAUCCAGAUCGGGCUUCACGUUCUGUCCGUGAACGGCAUGCUGAUCAAACAGGCGAGGAACUACAUCCUGAGGUGCCACGCCUGCUUCAAGACGACGAGCAACAUGAGUAAAGUGUUCUGUCCUCACUGCGGGAACCGGACUCUGAAGAAGAUCGCAGUCACCAUCACCGAGGACGGCAGCAAACAGAUGCACUUCUCCAAGAACCCAAAGGUGCUGAACAGCAAAGGACUGAGGCACUCUCUGCCGCUGCCUCAGGGCGGGAAGCACGGGAACAACCCUCAGCUGGUGGAGGAUCAGCGCUUCCCGCAGCAGAGACUCUCCCGGAAAGCCCGGCAGAAGACGAACGUGUUCGACCCGGACUACGUCUCCGGAGCGUCGCCCUUCAGCCAGAACGACAUCUACAGCCGCGCCGCUAACCUGCAGAUCCGCGACGGGCAGGGGGGCGGCGGCCGGCGGCGCGCUAACCCCAACGCCGCGCACAAGAAGUUUGUGAAGAAGAACUGAGAGACACCGGGCUGCACAUUUAAUUAAUGGGCCCAAACACCACUGCACAUCUGGGACAUUAGAGGGCUGGGCGAUGGAUGCUAUAACCAUUUGACUUAAUAUCCGGUUAUACUUUGGAUAUGGUAAUGUCUUAAAGUCAGUCAUUUCACAUAAAUGAUCAUUCAUCCCGAAACUCAGCGUGUUAAUAUUCUCUUAAGGCACUAAAAACCUAUUCAUUGGCAAUAUCACAAUGUGUCUCAGGAAUUACGUUUUCAUUAUUUUCAAAUAUUAACUACAUAAAGUGGUUAAAUAAUCUAUAGUUAUAUAUUGCUUCAUUAUACUACCAUAUAUAAUAGAAAUCAUGGCUGCAGGAUAUGAAGUCAGAUAUCGUGAUCAUUUUUGAGAGAAUACUUCAAAUCCAAAACGGUUGGAUAACCCCAUUAUCAGAUGUAGUGGCUAAAGGGUAAUUGAUAACAAGGCAAUAACAGUCUAGAGAAUGACAUGCUAUAACUGUCAUUUAGUUUAAAACCAGGAGAAGACGUGGAUGUUAUCAGAAACCUAUGAGUUGAUGUGUUAUAAAUAGUGCCCAGCCUGGUUGCGGGUAAAGAGUGUGCUACAGAGCCAGGGGAGCUGGGUAUAUGAAACAAGAAGGUCACAAGUUUGUUAGAAACACGUAUUUUUGUCAGGGAACCGAAUAAUCUAAAUUAUAUAUUUUAACCCCCCCCCCCCCCCCGGCUCUGUGAUGUAUUUUUAAACCCUAAUAAGCGGUUCUGCAUGUUCAGUAUAACACAGUAAAGCAUGCGACCUGCAGAACGGCCCGGUACCAGCAACAGAAACAUGAUCCAUUCUACACCAAUAAAGGUUCCAACUGCAUCUGA